UACUUUAUUUUUUAUGAAUAAGGCCUAUAGUCUUUCACUUCUCGCUUUUCUGGCGAAUUAGAGCUACAAAAUCGUCACAUAUAUAUUCGAGACAACUUACUAAUUGGCUUUACAAUACAGCCGAUGGUAUCGUUCCCACGUAAGAGGAACGACGUAGAUUUAUAUCUAGCCAAGAACUGUCACUCCUGCAACACUCACCAAACACUUUUUGGCGAAUUUGUAUGCUGUUACAGCAACAACAAUAUAGUUUUAAAACAUCGAUAGUAUUUUUUUAAAACACAAACCAUCGAUAUAUCGAUAGUUUCGUCGAUAUUUUUCUACCACUAUUUUGUUGCAUUGGAUCAGCGUCAGCCAAUAUAAACAAAAUAUUAAAAUGGAUAAAUUAACAACAAUCAGUGCUACUUUAUUCCUUGCAGCCGAUGUCUUCGCUAUAGUCAGUUUAGCUAUGCCUGAUUGGAUAGUAACGGAGGAGGCAGGAGAUAUACGCCUUGGCUUAAUGUGGACUUGUAUGACGUUGUAUAAUCGCUCACAAGUGUGUUAUACACCUGAACUUCAGCCAGAGUGGUUAUUGGCUCUCGUGUGCAUAUUUAUUGGAUGUAUUUGCAUUACCACUACUGUAAUACUUUUGGCUUCGAGUAGUUGGGAUCGCAAUGUCAUCCCAUACGCUCGGUGGGUAGGAUUUACUGCUAUGGUACUAUUUUGCCUAGCUGCAGUGGUUCUGCCAUUAGGUUUUCAUAUAGAAGAGAUCGGUGGUCAAGCGUACCAACUGCCUAAUACAUAUAAAAUUGGUAUAUCGUACAUAUUGUUUGUGUUGGCUCUUUGGAUAACAGUUGUCUCGGAGUUGUUCGCCGGAAAAGUGUGUUUGCCACAUUUUUAAUUCGUAUUCAUAAGAAAAUAAUGUAAUAAAAAUUAGAUAUUUUAUUUCUUCGUAUGGUUACUACUGGAACUCCAUGGUACAAUAAUUACAGGUAUUGUCUUUCCCAGAGAGUUUCGCUUCACAUCGAAAUUCUUGCUACCUUAUUUUCAUUUUCACUCAUUUCAAUGUAGAUUCUUUUAUUUUUAUUAGGCUCCGCUUUUUGUUUUCGCUCAAUUUAAUUUUUAUAAUUUUUCAAAACAAAAGAAAAAACGUUUGAAAUGAAGUAAGCCAUACAAAUUUUGAAUUUAUUUACAAGCAAAUGUUUUUUUACCGGCUUUUGCAAAUUAAAUAAGUUUUCUGCAAGAUAUAUGGUAUAUGGGGUAUGGAAAUAUCCCUUUUCCCCAGCAGUAAACGUUUUAGUAUGGGCAACAAUGAUGAUUUUAAAUAAGGCAGAUCCGAAUAUGCGCUCUCUGGGAAGACAAUACCUGUAAUUAUUGUACCAUGCUGGAACUCGUAAAAUUAUCAAACAAAUUAAUCAGCUGCUCAUGAAACUUGCAAUUUGUUACGAGUUUGGCUAAGGUACUUUCUUCGUACAUUCUUGUAUUUGUUUAUAUCUUUGGAAUACCGUAUGUUUUAGUAAGGUAAAUUUAGUUAGCUCAUAACUUUAUAAUUAUAAUAAAGUGUCACCAAAUUAAGUUA